GCCGCCAGAGUCUGAGUUCCCGUUGUAAGCAACAACCAAAGAGUGCUUGGAGGUGGGGAGGGUAGAGCUCGGUGGUAGAGCAUGUGCUUAGCAUGCAUGAGGUCCUGGGUUCAAACCCCAGGACCUCCAUUUAAAAAAGAGAGAGAGAGGUUGGAAAUCAAGACCAGGAGGGAGACUCGAGGCUCAGAGAAGAAGAUUCAAGUCCCCACCAUGACCCUGGGCCCCGCGCUGGCCUCAGAGAUAGUGGGGGGCCAGCCCGCCCGGCCGCAUGCGUGGCCAUUCAUGGUGUCCCUGCAGCGGCGUGGAGGCCACUUCUGUGGUGCCACUCUGAUCUCACGGAACUUCGUCCUGUCAGCGGCACACUGCCUGAACGGCCUAAACUUCCGGUUGGUGCGCGUGGUGUUGGGGGCCCAUAACCUGGGGCGGCGUGAGCUCACCCGGCAGACGUUCAGGGUCCGGCGGGUCUUUGAAAACGGCUUUGACCCCCUGAGCCUGCAGAACGACAUCGUGGUUCUCCAGCUCAAUGGGGCGGCCACCCUCAACGCCAACGUGCAGGUGGCCCAGCUGCCUGCCCAGGACCAAGGCGUGGGCGACGGGGUGCAGUGCCUGGCCAUGGGAUGGGGCCAGCUAGGCACGGACCAGCCGGCAGCUCGAGUCCUGCAGCAGCUCAACGUGACCGUGGUGACGGCCCUCUGCCGCCCUGCCAACGUGUGCACCCUGGUGCCACGCCGGCGAGCUGGCAUCUGCUUUGGGGACUCCGGCGGGCCCCUGGUCUGCAACGGGCUGGUCCAGGGGAUCGACUCCUUCAUUCGGGGGGGCUGCGCCUCUGGGCUCUUCCCAGACUCCUUUGCCUCCGUCGCCACGUUCGCAGACUGGAUCAACUCCAUCAUCCGCCGCUAUGGGGGCAGUGACCACCCCCCUCUCCACCCCAGGAACCCCGUGGGCAGAACCCCCUAGAAAGGGCUGCCCCGUUACCCACCUAACCUGCCCCUGGCUGAGCCCUUCCCACAUGGCAUCACGCAGCAUCUGUCACAAUA